AAUAUAUUGGAAGUUUUAUAGAGAGAGUAAGCAGUCUGUCUCUCUCAUAAUAUUUUUGGAAUUCCUUGACAUUAGAAGGAACACAUCCAACAAAAGAACACUAGAGAGAUAGAGAGAGAUAGAGAGAGACUAGAGGGGUAGACAAGAGCCUUGGACUUUGUCUUUGCAUUAUCACCUAUAUGAUACGUGACUGAAUUCUUCUAUCCGACCCUUUCUCAGCUUUAUCUCUUUCUAUCUAUAUCGUUAAAGCUCCAUUCAAGCUUAUUCAAUGCAGUUCCGGAAGAGGUAAUGGAUUUUUUGCAAUUCGGAAGAGUUAUUAUAGUUUUACCUAAAAACCCACAAGGCCUAAGCACGCAGGUUUGAGAAAAUCAGUUACUUUGUUCACUGUAAUGCAUUUAUGAUUGGUGCUUUGCACAUCGUUGGCUUUGAUUUUUGUAUAUAUUGAAUCUUUCAAUCCAAGUGGUAUUUAUACAGAUUGGUAUAUGUUCAACAACUUCAGUAUUAAGUUGCAAAAUUAGGGUUUUUGAGGUUAGGGCAUCCGUUUCCGGGUCUGAUGUAUUCCUUGACUGGUUUGGGAAUUGGGUUAUUGAGAUUGAAUGGUAAUGGGUUGUGGUCUGGCUCUGUUCUAUCACUGGUUUACAGAUUUUAGUCUUGAGGUUUGAAGGUGUUUGUUUUAUGGUUCUCGGUGUCCCAUUAGUGGUCUGAAUUCUUUUUGAUCUUUUUGGUUAAAGGGUAUUGGUUAUUGGGUUUUGCGUGUCUUCCUUUGCUAGUUAAAAUUUAUGGGGUUUUGAAGUGGUUCAUGAUUUUUAUCUGUUCCUUUACUGGUGUUUCUGGAUUUGGGUCUUUGAGGUGUUAAGAGUGCUGGUUCCUAUUCUGAUUACUGCUUUUAAAAAUCUGGGUUCUGUGUCUGGGCGUGUGUGAUUGACUGUGAUAUGAGUAGGAGGGUGCGCAGAAAGGUGGCAAGGAGGGGUAAGGAGGCUGUGGUUUUUCCGAGUUACCCUGAAAUUGUGGAUGAGGGAUUGAGUUUGGAUCAGAAAAGGGUAGUGGAUUGGAUUGGAUUGCCUGAUGAUACUGUUAUUCAGCUGUUUUCAUGUCUGAAUUAUCGUGACCGAGCUAGCUUGUCAUCAACAUGUCGGACGUGGAGGACUCUGGGUGCUUCUAUGUGCCUUUGGCACUCAUUGGAUCUUCGUGCCCACAAGUGUGAUGCUACCACUGCUACUUUGCUUGCUUCUCGAUGUAUGAAUCUUCAGAAGCUUCGACUUCGUGGUGCAGAAUCUGCUGAUGUGAUAAUAAAUCUUCAAGCUAGGGGUUUGCGGGAAAUUAGUGUUGACUACUGCAGAAGACUUUCUGAUGCUACUCUCUCUGUCAUUGCGGCUCGACAUGAGGCACUUGAGAGUCUCCAGCUUGGGCCAGAUUUCUGUGAAAGGAUUAGCAGCGAUGCAAUCAAAAUGAUCGCUAUUUGCUGUCCCAAACUUCGGAAACUUCGGCUUUCAGGAAUUCAGGAAGUUGAUGGAGAUGCCAUUAAUGCUUUGGCCAAGCAUUGUCGGAAUUUGACUGAUAUUGGAUUCAUAGACUGUCUUAAUGUUGAUGAGAUGGCAUUGGGAAAUGUUGUAUCAGUUCAUUUCCUUUCUGUUGCGGGGACAACAAAUAUAAAGUGGGGUUUGGUUUCACAGAAUUGGUGUAAGCUGCCGAACUUGACAGGGUUAGAUGUUUCAAGAACUGAUAUUGUUCCAACUGCUGUUUUGCGACUGCUUUCAUCCUCAAAAAGCUUGAAGGUCUUAUGUGCCAUGAAUUGCCCAGCUCUCGAGGAAGAUGCUAGCUUUGCCGCCAAUAAUUAUAAAGGUAAAUUGUUAUUUGCUCUUUUUAGUGACAUUUUUAAAGGAAUAGCUUCUUUAUUUGCCGAUAUUACAAUGAGAGAGAGGAAUGUAUUAUUGGAUUGGAGGAAUUUGAAGAACAAAGAUAAGAACUUGGAUGAGACAAUGACUUGGCUUGAAUGGAUACUCUCCCAUUCACUUCUACGGAUUGCCGAGUGCAAUCCACAAGGUUUGGACAAUUUCUGGGUUAGCCAAGGCGCAGCACUGUUGCUCAGUCUAAUGCAGAGUUCGCAAGAGGAUGUUCAAGAAAGGGCAGCCACUGGACUUGCAACUUUUGUUGUCAUUGAUGAUGAAAAUGCCAGCAUUGAUGGUGGAAGGGCUGAAGCAGUUAUGAAGAAUGGUGGUAUACACCUUCUCUUAAGCAUAGCAAGAUCUUGGCAGGAGGGCCUUCAGUCAGAAGCAGCAAAGGCUAUAGCAAAUCUCUCUGUGAACCCCAGUGUUGCAAAAGCUGUUGCAGAAGAAGGUGGGAUCAAUAUUCUUGCAAAUUUGGCAAAGUCUAUGAACAGGUUGGUUGCUGAAGAGGCUGCAGGAGGACUAUGGAAUCUAUCUGUGGGAGAAGAGCACAAGGGUGCCAUUGCUGAAGCUGGUGGUGUAAAAGCUUUAGUUGGUCUUAUUUUUAAAUGGUCUGUUGGUGGUGAUGGAGUCCUGGAACGGGCAGCUGGUGCACUGGCAAAUUUGGCUGCUGAUGACAAGUGUAGCAUCGAAAUUGCUAUGGUAGGUGGUGUACAUGCUUUGGUGAUGCUCGCUCGUAAUUGCAAGUUUGAGGGAGUGCUAGAGCAGGCUGCUCGUGCCUUAGCUAAUUUGGCUGCCCAUGGAGAUAGCAAUAGUAACAAUGCUGCUGUUGGACAAGAGGAGGGUGCUCUUGAAGCACUUGUUCAACUUACCCGUUCUUCCCAUGAUGGUGUCAGGCAAGAAGCUGCGGGUGCAUUGUGGAAUCUAUCAUUUGAUGACAGAAAUCGAGAAGCAAUUGCAGCAGUUGGUGGUGUUGAAGCCCUGGUUGCUCUUGCAAAUUCCUGUUCAAAUGCCUCUCCAGGUCUUCAGGAGAGGGCUGCUGGUGCUCUAUGGGGAUUGUCAGUGUCAGAAGCUAAUAGCAUUGCUAUUGGAGAAGGUGGAGGAGUUGCGCCUCUUAUAGCACUUGCGCGCUCUGAUGCUGAAGAUGUCCAUGAGACUGCUGCCGGAGCUCUUUGGAAUCUUGCUUUUAACGCUGGUAAUGCUCUCCGUCUAGUGGAAGAAGGGGGAGUUCCAGCCCUUGUUCAUCUUUGUUCAUCGUCAGCGUCUAAAAUGGCACGCUUCAUGGCUGCAUUGGCAUUGGCAUACAUGUUUGAUGGAAGGAUGGAUGAAUUUGCGCUGUUGGGGACUUCAUCAGAAAGCACAUCUAAAAGUGUAUGCUUAGAUGGUGCUAGGAGGAUGGCCUUGAAGCACAUUGAAGCGUUUGUCCUUAAAUUUUCUGAUCCACAAGCAUUUUCUGCUGCCGCUGCAUCAUCAGCCUCUGCAACAUUAAUGCAAGUAAUAGAAUUAGCUCGUAUCCAAGAGGCGGGUCAUCUGAGAUGCAGUGGAGCAGAGAUUGGAAGGUUCAUUUCGAUGCUACGGAAUCCAUCUUCUAUUCUCAAGACGUGUGCUGCAUUUGCACUCCUCCAGUUCACCAUUCCAGGUGGCAGACAUGCGCUGCACCAUGCGACCCUUCUGCAGAAUACUGGAGCUACACGGGUUCUGCGUGCUGCAGCUGCAGCAGCGACUGCCCCACUGGAAGCCAAAAUCUUUGCUAAAAUUGUCCUCUGGAACCUCGAACACCAUGUGAUAAAACCUUCAAUCUGAAGACUAGCUAGGCAGUGAAAAAAAAAAAAAAAAAAAAUCUCUACCCAAACUCAUCAUUGGAGGCCAAUCUCACAACAAUCCCAACCUAGAUUCAUCAAUGGAGGCCAAUGGCAUGCCCGAUUAGGUUCUGUAGUUUAGGAGUUUGAAAUGUCGUAGGAGUCUAUCUUUGAUCUCCGUCCUUUUCCGGAAGAACCAAACCAUACUCGCAGGCAGUUCAGACCAUCUUAUUAAAGUAGUCCACCUAUAGUUGUGUGUGAUUUAUUUAUUUAUUGAUUUUAUUUUUUAUAUUAUUCGUUUCUGUCCUGUCUAUCUUUGCUCUGCGUCCUUUUCCUGAAAAACCAGAUCAUACUCGCAGGCAGUUCAGCCCAUCUUAUUAAGGUAGUCUACCUAUAGUUGUGUAUGAUUUUUUUUUUUCUUUUAUAUUAUUUGUUUCUGUUCAAUCAUAAACUGGUAAAGGUACUUAAAGGUGAGUCAGAGAGAUUGGUUCAAAGGCAUCACCUUGCCUUUUUUUUUUUUGUGUUUUUAUAUUUGUCUUGACAAUAUCUUUUGUAUAAUUAUAUACUAGAAACUUUUUUGAGACUC